AUGAUGGGUAAUAAUGUAUUUAGUGUUUCAGCAGCAUAUCUUUUGAUACUCAUCAGUAAUGUUACUAGUUUGGAAACCGAAAAUAUCAUUGGAGGUCAUCAAUCGAAAGACAAAGAAUUCAAGUAUCAAGUUUCCAUACAAAAUAUAAGGGAGCACAAAUGUGGUGGUGCACUCAUUGCACCUGACGUGGUUUUGACUGCAGCACAUUGCUUUUAUGAUCAAAAAACUAAUACUUUCAAUAACUACCCAUAUUUUGUUGUCGCGGGGACGACAAACGUAAGCGAUUACACUUACAGGACACGCGUAAAGACAAUGUAUUUGCACUCAAAAUAUAAAAAUUACAAUAACACCUUAGUUUUGAACGAUAUCGCCCUUGUAAGACUCGAUGAAGCAUUUGACGUUGGUAAGGAUCAACCGAUUGAUUUGGUAUCGCUACCAGCCAAACACGAAAACUUUGUGGGCAAAAUUGCUAACGUAUCAGGUUUCGGUUGGAACAAUGUUGAGUUGAUUGACAACCAGCCGGUGGGUUCCUCAUCAGGACAAUUAAGACACGAAUCAGUAAAUAUUAUGGGGUUGGAAAAAUGUGGUGCAGAAAAGUAUCNCAGUCAGAGAAUUUCACCGAAAGCCUCCAAAAUGAUGCCAACUAAUCUACCCACUCUUUUGGCAGCUUUUCUUGUAAUACUUGUAAGCAAAGUUACUAGUUUGGAAAUAGAAAAUAUCAUUGGAGGUCAAGAUUCGGGAGACAGAGAAUUCAAAUAUCAAGUUUCCAUCCAAGCAGAAAGAGAACACCAAUGUGGUGGUGCACUCAUUGCACCUGACGCUGACAGUGGUAGUCCUCUUGUUUUUGAGAACAAAGUCAUUGGUAUCAUGAGUACGGGACCCAAUGCUAUAUGUGAUGAAUCACAAAGUCCAGCAGAAUACACCAAAGUUUCGGAGUUUUUGGACUUUAUUAAGAGUGUUUUAGAUCACAAACUGAUACUUAAUAUCAUGUUAAUCAAUAAUUACUAA